AAAUUUAGAUAGUAAGAUGAUUGAAUAUUCAUGAGCAUAGCUGACUUGACUAAUAAAUUCUUAGUGAUGACUGAGUCCUAGUUCUUUCCUCCCUCAAUUUUUGUACUCUUCCUCAUUCAACAAAAUAGCCAUCAAUUAUCUCUCUCUCUCUCUCUAUUAACUCUCAAUGUUCCAAAUCAAACAACAAUAGCUGUUUCUGCAUGUUUAAGGCCUGAAUAUAGUGUUUUGCUGCAAAAGAUUAAUUAGUUAUAAUAAUCUAUGAGCAAGUAGUUUAAUCAUGAAUCCAAAGGGACAUAGAUUUGUGAGGUUGUUUGAGGAUUGGAGAUCAGAAUCAUCUUUUAGUAUAGAGCAGAAAGAUUCGAUAAGCAUAAGAAAAGACAGACCGAGAGUAAGUGAUGUUUUGAAGAGUAUUGGAAGAAAACUUGAAAGUGGUUUAGAGAAGAUGAAGAAAUUCGGAAGAAGUUCUUCGGUAGUUCACCCUUUGAGUGAAGGACAAACAAAGAAAUCGGUUUCGUCUAACCGCAAAAUUCUCGAUCCACAAGGGCCAAUGCUUCAGAAAUGGAACAAAAUCUUUGUAAUCACAUGUGUAAUGGCAAUCUAUGUCGACCCUCUUUUCUUUUACAUUCCGGUGAUUGUCGGUAAAAACAAAUGUGUUGAUUUGGAUGAAGCAUUGCAGACUACUGCCAGUGUUCUUCGCACUUUCUUCGAUCUUUUCUACAUUCUUCGCAUCAUCUUUCAGUUUAGAACCGGAUUUAUUGCACCUUUUUCUCUUGUUUUCGGAAGAGGCGAACUCGUUGACGAUCCUGUCGCCAUAAUGAAAAGAUAUUUAUGUUCUCAUUUCAUCAUUGACAUUCUAUCAAUUAUUCCACUUCCACAGAUUAUUUGUUUGGCUAUAUUUCCACACAUGAAGAAUUCAGCUCCAUUUGUAGCAAAGGAUUUGUUGAAGUAUGCAGUAUUAGUCCAGUAUGUGCCGCGACUACUACGGAUCCGUCCACUUUUCAAAGAAGUAACUAGAACUUCAGGCAUAUUGACAGAGACAGCAUGGGCUGGAGCUGCUUACAAUCUUUUUCUCUACAUGCUAGCAAGUCAUAUGGUUGGAGCAAACUGGUAUAUACUUUCAGUAGAAUCACAAGUGCGGUGCUGGCGCCGAGAGAUGAACAAGGUUUCAAACUUUCGCGAAUCAUACUUGGGUUGUGGCCGGCAAAAUGAAUCUGUCUUCAAACUUCUCAACAGUACAUGUCUUUUGGUUGACCCUGAUAGUGUUAAUGACACAAACACCUUCAAUUAUGGAAUAUUUUUCGAUGGUCUUCAAUCCGGUGUGGUAGACUCAACGACUGAUUUUCCUCAGAAGUUCUUCUACUGCUUUUGGUGGGGUUUGCGCAAUUUAAGUUCUCUUGGACAAAACCUCAAGACAAGUACUUAUGUGGCAGAGAUAGCCUUUGCAAUUUUCAUUGCCAUCUUUGGAUUGGUUUUAUUCUCGUUACUUAUCGGAAACAUGCAGAAAUAUUUGCAAUCUACAACAGUUAGGGUGGAAGAGAUGAGAGUGAAAAGGAGGGACGCGGAAUUGUGGAUGUCGCACCGUAUGUUACCUGAUAACUUGAAGCAAAGAAUUAGAAAGUAUGAACAAUACAAAUGGCAGAAAAAUAGAGGUGUUGAAGAAGAGGCUUUAAUUCUUAACCUCCCUAAAGAUCUCAGAAGAGACAUAAAGCGUCAUCUUUGCUUAGCUUUAGUUAAAAAAGUGCCACUGUUUGAGAAAAUGAAUGAGCAAUUGUUGGAUGCAAUGUGCGAUAGAUUGAAGCCGGUUCUGUAUACAGAGAAGAGUUGCAUUGUUCGCGAAGAAGAUCCGGUUGAUGAAAUGCUUUUCAUCAUGCGUGGAAAAGUCGCUACUAUGACAACAAAUGGUGGAAGAACUGGUUUCUUCAACUCCUUAUUUCUAAUGCCUGGUGAUUUUUGCGGAGAGGAGCUUUUAACAUGGGCUUUGGAUCCAAACUCAUCUUCAAAUCUACCAACUUCAACAAGAACGGUAGAAACUAUAUCAGAAGUUGAAGCAUUUGCGCUUAUGGCUGAUGAUUUGAAGUUUGUUGCUUCCCAAUUUAGGCGGCUUAUCAACAGCAAACAACUCCAACACACUUUUAGGUCAUAUUCGCCGCAAUGGAAGACAUGGGGUGCGUGUUUCAUACAGGCAGCAUGGCGUCGAUACUCGAAAAAGAAGAUUGAGAGGACGUUGCGUGAAGCGGAAGACAAGCUACACGAUGCUUUGGCAAAUGAGGAAGGUUCAACUAUAAGCCUUGGUGCAACCAUAUAUGCAUCAAGGUUUGCUGCAAAUGCAUUAAGAAACUUGAGAAGAAAUAACACACACAAGAGAAUGCAGCCGAGAUUAAUGCCUCUUUUGCCUCCAAAGCCAGCUGAGCCUGAUUUCACAACUCAGAAACACUAGGUCUGGUUAAGAAAUUCAAGUUUGAUAGAAUAGAAACAAAAGUAGAAAUAGGAGCAUGGUUAACAUUAUACAUACUUCAUUCAAUGUAUUUGUGUGCAUAUACAUGUAGCUAUGUAAAUUUUUCUUGUAGUGUAGGGGGACAAAUAUAGUUGAUUUUGUUUUGUAUGAAGAAUAAAACAUCUACCUAGGUGAAUUUCCAAUAAAGUGGGAUUUAUUUGUAUAACAUUUUUAUUUUAUCUUUAGUUGUAAAUUGAUAAGUCAUGUUUUUAUC